UAAAUACUGACUUUCUAUGUCACCUUAUAGCAGCCCCUCUGCCAUUUGCCAGAACCCAUUUUGCCAGUCCUGACCUGCUUUAAGGGUCUGACUGUGCUAUGCCCCUAGAACUGGAUUGGAAUUUUGGGUACUAGGGGCAUGAGUCAGUGCAGAUCAGUGCAAGGUAGUCCUGUCUUACUUCUACUUAUAAAAUUUGUAAACACAGACGGUGUAAUAUAUAAAAGUUGGUUAAACGGUUAAAGGGUAUACUGACCCCACAGGUGCAGGACAAUAGACACCUUACCUAAAUUAACCAAAAUAACACAAAGGGUGCCAUAUGUAUUAAAAGAAUACUAUACCUGUACUAUAUACUACUAUUUUCUCUAUUUUUCCCGAGCUAUCAGCGCUGGUUUAUCUACACAAUUUUUACUAAUACUUAUCCGAAGGAGAACGGAUCUUUCCAAACUGGCAAAGGGAGUCAACUACAGAUCCUGGGAUUUUUCUGCCUAUUUGAGUCCUGUCUUACUGCCUGCCAUUUUUUCUGGGUGCAGAACUGGGCACAAAGUGCAAAAAUAUGGUAGAUUGUGCCAGUUCUUUGCACUUUGCAUUUGAUAAAUGACACUCGGAAUGCUAGAUCUUAUUUCUCAGAUAAGUAUAUGAAGAUGCACUGUAUGUAUUUGUUGGAAAAACACAAUAAAUAAAGAGAAAAAAUAAAUAAAUGACACCCUGGCUAUUCCAAGGUUGCCAAAGUGAGAUGUUUCAACAGGCGCAGCAGACGCCAAAAGAAUCACACACUAUAAUGCCAUUUUCACCAGAUAAUGAUUCAGAAAAGUGCAACCUAAAAAACACAAUUACCAAUUCUGAAAAUAUGAACCGCAGCUUACACCCAAAAAACCCCCCACAAUUUCUGAUUCUGAAAAUAUUAACCACAACCUGGACCCAAAAAAACGCACUCACAAAUCGCAUUCAUGUUAACACAUGGGACUCGGUUGCAGCAAUUUUGGCCACAAUUUCUGGGAAAAAAAUAUUGCGAUUUGCGUGAGAAAAUUGACCCACAAAACUGUGCCUGUGUGGUUCAGUAAAAAAGUAAAUGUCCCACAAGUCUCUCUUGAGCUCCCUUCUGACAUUUGUUCAUUCCUUGACAUGGAUUGCAAGGAUUAAUUAGUGGUGUAUUAGUCAAUAGUCAGUAAUGUUAUUAUAAAUGAACAUGGCAUCUGUUUUCCUGUGUGAAUGAAGUGACUAAAAAGAAUGUGUGUGCCUUGCAGCCUUCCCUGAGGGCAGUGCAGCUGCUACUGUGUAGCAUUGUCUCCUACUAAAUGUUGCUGCCAUGUUGCUAGCAGUCGCCGGAUGGUCCUGCCAGUAUUUUGGCCUCAUGUGAGCUGUGUGCUCCUACAUGCUGCUUCUGUUGCCAGGAGCCUGCCGUCUUUGAUUGGCAGAGAGUUGUGCCGAUGGUUCUGGCUUUCUUUCUGUAAUCCCUCCCCCAUAUCCUCCAGCCCACAGACAGUCAAGGCUAUUAUGAAGGGAAAUAUGUUGCUCCUGCACAGCCUCUUUCUAAUGCAACGUGCUCAGCCUUCAGCAGGGAAAACACCACUCUGAAAGGGAUUUGUUACCUUCCAGCCCAGCCCCCUCCACUGUUCCUUUCACAGAAACUUGUGUGAUACUUGGGGCUGCGGGUUCCUCUAUGGAUUUUGCGGAGAUGCACAACGAGCUCGAAACCUUUUGAAAUGAGCAUUUCCUGGUUUAACAUUUCAUUUAAGCCCUGUUUGUGGAGCACCGAGGAAAGUGAAUGAACAGCUGGACAUCUGGAAAUAAGGCGCUUGUGGAGUAUGGGUACAACUGCCAGUGCAGCUCAGCAGGCUCCCUCAACAGUGCCCUCUAGUGAAAAUGGCCAGGGUAAUGGUAACGGAAAUUCAAAUGCUGAAGAUCGCAAUUCCCUGAGUGCACAGUCAUUUCAGAAUGUCGGCAUCCACAACAAGGCAAAGUCUAUAAUCACCAAUAAGGUGGCACCUGUAGUAAUCUCGUAUAAUUGCAAAGAAGAAUUUCAGAUUCAUGAUGAUCUGCUCAAAGCUAAUUAUUCAGUUGGAAGAAUUUCUGAGACAAUGCCAGAACACUAUCUUGUCCAGGGUAAAUACUUUAUGGUACGUGACGUGUACAGCAAGUUGGAUGUGUUAAACACUACUAGUAGUUGUGGGGCACCAAACUUUCGCCAAGCAAGAGGAGGAUAUGAAGUUUAUGGAAUGGGCCAGCCCAGCUUAAAUGGCUUCAAACAAGUGCUGCAAAAGCUUCAGAGCGAUGGCCAUAAGGAAUGUGUCUUCUUCUGUGUGCGUGAGGAACCUGUACUGUUCUUGCGGUUGGAGGAUGACUUUGUGCCUUACACUCCCAGACGGAAGGAGAAUUUGCAUGAAAACUUGCAUGAUUUGGAGAAAGGCCAGCGUGCAGAAAAUCUUGAACUUGCCAUCCGGAAAGAGCUACACGACUUUGCCCAGCUCAGUGGAAACAGCUACUGUGUAUACAAUGAUAUUGAACAUUUUAAAGAUGAUCCCCAUUCCAUUAAAAUCCAAUGUGAAGAAGAUAUCCAUGUCACAGAGGAGGUGUAUAACAGGCCUGUAUUCUUACUACCAGCAUACAGGUACCAUCGCCUUCCACUUCCUAUGGAUGGUGCUUCAUUAGAAACUCAGUUUGAUACAUUUGUACAUUUUCUCAGGGAAAAUCCAAGUCUUUUGCUACUCCAUGAUGCCAGCCACCCACCACCUGCCCUGUUGUUUAGCUGCCAGACAGGAGUGGGCAGGACUAACUUAGCCAUGAUUUUGGGAACGCUGGUCCUGUAUCACCGCAAAGGAGCCUGUGAGAAGCAGACCACCUCUCAGGAUACAAAUGUUUUGCCAAAGCAACGUUUUCAGGUUAUCCAGAAUUUCAUUAACAUGGUACCAAAUGGAGAAGCAAUAGUUGAUGAGGUUGAUAAAGCUAUUGAGUUAUGCUCAGAGAUGCAUGAUAUUAAAGCAGCUAUAUAUGAGUUUAAGAAGAAGCUGGAAGGCAUUGGAGAAGGCUACCAAAUUCAGGGAAGCUCAACCAAAGAAUACUUUCUCAAAGGAACACUCCAUAGUUUGGAGCGAUAUUUUUAUUUAAUAGCUUUCAACUAUUACCUUCAUGAGCAGUACUCCUUAGCUUUUGCAAUGAGUUUCAGCAAGUGGAUGUGUACACAACCAUGGAUUUACAGACUGCAAGCGACCCUCAAUCUGUCUGAGCUCACGUUAUCAGGAGAACUGAUAACAAAGGGAGCACGUGUUUUAGUACUGGAUGAUCGGUUCUCUCCUGAUGUGUUAAGCACCCUAAAAGAGAUGAAUGUAGCCAAUUUUAGAAGAGUGCCCAAAAUGCCAAUUUAUGGUACUGCACAACCAAACUCAAAGUCUACAGGUAGAGUGCUCAGUUAUCUGACUGAUGCAAAGCGGAAGUAUUCCAAUAUUCUGUGGGUAAACCUUCGAGAAGAUAUAAUACUGGAAGGAAAUGAACAAAUAUUCACCCCACGUGAACCAGAUUAUUUAGAGCAACAAAUUGCAGUGCCUGCAGCUUCACCAGAGCAGCUGGAGAAAUUGGAGGCCACGGUUGCAAACCAUGUCCUGACUUCCCAGAAGUGGCUUGAAGUCUGCCUUGAACAAGAGAAGCAGAUGAAAAUGUUCAAAACCUGUCGGACUAUGCAGGAGAUUUUCAACCAUCACAGAAGCACCUAUCCAGGUUUGGUGUACAGAAGGAUUCCCAUUCCAGACUUCUGUGCUCCCAGGGAACAAGAUUUUGACAUGCUUCUCCAGUCUAUGAAGAGCAUGUUAGCAGAGGACUCCAAUGCAGCCUUUGUAUUUAACUGUCAUGGCGGCAAAGGAAGGACAACUAUUGCUAUGGUUAUCGCCGUACUCACCCUCUGGCAUUUUAAUAGCAUUCCUGAAAUUACAGAGGAUGAAAUUGUAAGUGUGCCAGACGCCAAGUACACCAAGGGAGAGUUUGAGGUUGUGAUGAAGAUUGUCCAGCUUUUGCCAGAUGGGCACAAAAUGAAGAAGGAAGUAGACAUGGCUCUUGACUGUGUUAGCGAAACCAUGACUCCUAUGCAUUACCACUUGCGAGAAAUCAUUAUUUGCACCUACAGACAGAUUAAAACAGCUAAGAAUGCUAAGGAAAUUAGACUUCUCCAGCUCAGAAGCCUUCAGUGCUUGGAGCGAUACAUCUACCUGAUACUUUUCAAUGCCUAUCUACACUUGGAGAAGAAGGACACUUGGCAAAGGCCAUUUAGCACCUGGAUGUACGAGGUGGCAUCCAAAGCUGGGGUUUACGAUGUGCUGAAUCAGCUGGGAUUUAGUGAAUUUGAGAAUGCAGAAGACCAGCCCCUAUGCCGGCUCCGUUAUCGCUGGCAACAGCAAAACACCAACCAGCUUCCAUUUCGAGGAGAAUUCAUUUAGGAAAUGUGGCACCUUCACCAAGACAUUGCGGCAGACGGGACUUGGUUCAUGAAAUCCAAGAAUGGACACAACAAAAACUGCCAGCCAAGAUAUUUUAAAGGAAUUCAUUGACAAAAAUAAAAUAAAUAAUUAUUUUAGAAAAGUACGUGAUUGGAACAGAUGAUGGAAUGUCAUAAUCAGAAGGAAAAUAUGGAUUCUUUUACCAGUUUAAACCAGCACGUUCCAUAUUUUUAUUUCAGUAAUACUGUCUUAUCGCUUUUUAACAGAUAUGAUGGUGGGGAAGGCCUCUAUAUACAUUUCUCAUAAUCUGAUUUGUAUCUUUGACACGUUUCUCAUAGUUCAGUUAUAAAGAAUAAUAACUGACUCACAGAACAACUCAGUAUGGCCAUUUGUAUGACAGUCGGUUAAAUAUCUGUACUUUCUAACAGUGAAAGUCCAGUCCACAAGGACAAGACACAGAGUCAUUUCAGUAAGUAAACUAAGUGUAAUAUUUUUUGUUUCAUAUCGGGCUGUUUGGUACUUUAGUCCUUUAGAGUGUUAGCAGGUUGGUUGCAGCUUUUUUUUCUUCAAGAUUGGUUACACACAAAGGAAAAAACAAUGAUUGCAUUGAGGUGAUCAUAUCUUAGAGAAACAUGACCUCUGUUCACUGAUCUAUCCCCAUGUGCUCAGGGUAGGCUAGACAAAGUGCUCCCACUGCUUGUGUUGUAGUAUAACUGGGGUUUGCAUGGCAAUUUGAUACAGUUCAAGUCUGUUUGAAACUGGAUUGUUUGCACAGAUAAUUGGGGUUUCUCAUCCACUACUGCACCUUGUAGUUGUGAUUUAUGUAUAUGUUAUCCUGUCUAGUCUGUGAGCCCAGAGUUACUGUAAUCUGUAUCUUCAGUCCAACAGGCUAAAUGGGAUCAAAUAAAACACACUGCAAAGCAAGUCCUGGAUGGGAGUACUCCCUAUAAAACCCAACUGGUUGAUGGGACUCCUGUUGGUCCAAUUGAAAUUAAAUGAAAAUCACCAAAGUGUAUUGAGCCUAACUCAUGUUUUAUUAUAUUUCCCAUACAAGGUUAAACUGUGUAUGUAAAGGGCUAAAUAUGAACACAGUUCUUUCAUGAAAUAUUCCUUGUUCUUUAUUGCUUAUCAUACCCGUGUCAUUAAUGUUUGCUUCAAUUGACAUUUUAUAGUUCCUUUCCACUGCAGUUCCCCGAUGCUCGUAUAUAUACAGUAUAUAUAUAUAUAUAUAAUAAGUACGGAACCUGUGUGAUUAAAAGCAGAAGAUGUAAUUCUGUCUCAUGAGAUAUAUGAGCAACAUGAACCUAGGAACCAUAUUAGGAGGUUAAAUAUGGGAUAUUUUUCAAGUUAGUUGAUAAUGUUUUACGUUUUAUAUCUGUUCUGUACAGGACUUUAUUGUAGAUUACAAGUUUGUGUAAACCAAUUAUGUAAAUUGUUAGCACGUCUUUUAUAUACACAUGGAUUUUA